AUGGCUGUGGGAGUGAGCCGCCCGUAAGCCCGGGAUGGACUCUACCAUCUCUCCCGACAGUGGCUGAAACAGGGAACUCCUCUGGGGAUGAGCUGGGAGGAUCGUGAGGUUGGCUCCUAAUCUGCUGUCCCUCACCUCAGCUCCGCUCUCAUCUGCUCUGUUCCGCUCCGUUGCUGAGGUGACUUUGCAGGGCUUCCUUCCCGCUCCCAGCUCCUUCUGUGGACUUUUUACACAUCAUUCUGCAUGUCUUCAUUUUCCCGGAGAGCAGAUUCCUAGUGCCAAAGGAAUGCCAUUUCUGCUCCAGCAUGUGGCCUUGGGCUGAAAAGAAUAAAGAUAGGUAGUGAUCUAUCACUGAAGCAGUGAAAAACUGGAGGAGUCUCACUAAAGAAGUAAACUGGGAAGAAGACCAACAAACUUGUCAUUCAGGAGCACAGUGGCAACAGGUACAGUUAGAGCCUCAGCUUGGUGCCAUUGGCCCUUUCCAAUAUCAAGACUGCAACAGAGCCAUAGUACCCUGGUCUUAAAGGGUGUGAAGAAUUAUGUACAUCUAGCCACCACAUUCCUAAGGUAUAACUGCGCUUUUCAUCAGACAGAAUGGAUGACCCGUACCAGAAUAAUGUCUAUCAGCAGGGGACUGGUGGCGGAUACACCACCUAUGGUGGAGGGGGUGAUCAGGAUGGCUACGGCUACCAGGGGGACUACCCACCCCAGGAGGAGGACGCCGCCAGCGAUGCCACUGAGGGCCAUGAUGAAGACGAUGAGAUGUAUGAGGGCGAGUACCAGGGCAUCCCCCACCCAGAUGAAAUAAAGGCAGCGCAGCGGGCCGCUCGGGCAGCAGCAAGGGCCAAGGCUCGAGUGGAAGCUGAGGGCCUCGACGAGGAGGAGACGCUAGCGGAACAGUAUGAGAACAUCAUAGAGGACUGUGGCCAUGGGCGCUUCCAGUGGACCCUCUUUGUGGUGACAGGCCUGGCUCUCAUGGCAGAUGGUGUGGAGUGCUUUGUCGUGGGCUUUGCUCUGCCCAGUGCCGAGAAGGACAUGUGCCUGUCAAACGCCAACAAGGGCAUGCUGGGACUGAUUGUGUAUGUGGGAAUGAUGGUGGGAGCAUUUGUCUGGGGGGGUCUGGCAGACAAGUUGGGUCGCCGGAAAAGCCUGAUCACUGCUCUCGCCAUCAAUAGCAUAUUCGCCUUCCUCUCCUCCUUUGCCCAGGGAUACGGCUUCUUCCUUUUCUUCAGGCUCCUCUCAGGCUUUGGUAUUGGAGGAUCAGUUCCUGUUGUCUACUCCUAUUUUGCUGAAUUCCUCUCCAUGGAUAAGCGGGGCGAGCACCUGAGCUGGCUCUGCAUGUUCUGGAUGAUGGGGGGCAUUUAUGCCUCCUUCACAGCUUGGGGUAUCAUUCCUCAUUAUGGCUGGGGUUUCAGCAUGGGGUCUGAGUUCCAGUUCCAUAGCUGGAGGGUGUUUGUGCUGGUGUGUGCACUGCCUGCCAUAGCGUCCCUCAUUGGGCUCAUGUUCAUGCCAGAGAGCCCACGCUUCCUGCUGGAGAAUGCUAAACACGAUGAGGCCUGGAUGAUCCUGAAGCAGGUCCAUGACACCAACUGGAGGGCCAAAGGGGAGCCAGAGAGAGUGUUCACCGUCUCCCAAAUCAAGACCGCAGUGCAGGAUGAUGAAUUCAUUGAGAUCCAGAGUGCAACAGGGACUGCCUUCCAGAGGUGGAUGGUUAGGACCAUGACCUUAGUGAAGCAGGUUAUGCAGAAUAUUUUUGCCCUUUUGUCACCUGACCUCCGGCUCAGUAGCUUGUUCAUGGCCAUCAUCUGGUUUACUAUGGCCUUCAGUUAUUACGGGCUGUCGGUGUGGUUCCCUGACAUGAUCAAGUACCUACAGUAUGAAGAAUAUGAGUCCAAAGUUAAGGUCUUUCACCGCGAACGUGUAGAGCACUUCACUUUCAACUUCACCCUGGCCAAUCAGGUCCAUAAGGAAGGGGAAUACAUCAACGACAAGUUCACCAAUAUAGAACUGAAGUCGGUCAAAUUUGAAGAUUCCAUGUUUGAAGACUGUUAUUUUGAAGACAUCAAGUCCACAAACACUUUCUUUGAAAACUGCACCAUUAAGUCAACUGUCUUCUACAACACAGACCUAUGGGAGGAGAAAUUCAUUGACUGCAAACUGGAAAAUACAACAUUCCUGCACCCCAAAAAGGGCUGCCACAUAAACUUCCAAGAGGAGAAUGACAUUGUCAUCUACCUGGUCAGCUUCUUGGGCAGCCUGGCUGUGUUGCCAGGCAACAUCAUAUCAGCCCUCUUCAUGGACAAGAUUGGAAGAAUCAACAUAAUCGGUGGCUCCAUGCUCAUCUCAGCUGGCUGCACCUUCUUCUUGUUCAUGAGCUUCAGUCAGGCUGCCAUCAUUGCCUGGCAGUGUCUGUUCUGUGGAGUUAGUGUGGCAGCCUGGAAUGGCAUUGAGGUCAUCACAGUGGAACUCUACCCAUCCUCCAAAAGGGCCACAGCCUUCGGGGUCCUGAAUGGUCUGUGCAAGCUGGCCGCAAUUCUGAGCAGCUCCAUCUUCUCCGCCUUUGUGGGCAUCACCAAGGUCGUCCCCAUACUCAUGUCCUUCUCUGCUCUGGUAUGUGGGGGGCUGCUGGCACUCAAGCUACCCGAGACCCGAGAAAAGGUCCUCCAGUGAUAUGUUCCAUGGCUCCAUGGGUCAGGUCCUUUCCCCCGUCCAGAGAGGCAACCAUCCAGUCGGUGGUGUUCUAGGGAUAAAAGCAAAAGACUGACCAAUACAAAACUAGCAAUGUACAGCAAUACAAGGCCUGGAUUUUUCAGUAGCGAUACAGAUAAUAUUCAUAUGGUGGCCAUCACUGGAUUUUCCUCAUCAGUUUUCAUAUCAUCUUGUUUUGUCUUUAAAGGGAGUAUAAACCUUGUUUGCUCUCCAUAUUCAGUCCCUCAGAACUUUGUUUCCUGGUGGUUUCCUGUCUAGGUUAUAAAAUUAUGAAAGUAUAAUAAUAAACAUGGUAAUUAAUAAUGAGCUCAGUGGAACAGAUAUAUUUUUACUGGGUUUUGAUUUUCAGAACUGUUUUACUAUGUGUUUGCUUCAAAAAAUGCAUUCUGUAAAACAAGUUCCAAUGAACGAAAUCUGAAUUUUCUCAUUUAUUCACAUGUAAGACAUUAUUCUCCAACUGUAAACUUGACAUUUGCUUGCAUUCAUAGAACUGCUGCCCUUCGCUUCUUUGUUCAGUAACAGUGAAUAGUCUGAUGGUCCAGUGGAUGUUCCAUUGGAUGGGCACUGAGAAUCAUGGAAACACACUUUGCAGGCAUCCACCGUAUGUUGUAAAUGACAGACUGGGACAUGAACAACAUCACAAUCCAGACAUGGUUCUUUACAAUACCUUUCCAUUUUACCCACAGUAACACAAUAGCUGUAAAUUAGAUUUCCCAUCUAUUGCCAGACAUAAGGCUUGUUUUUUUUAAGUUAACAAAUACUUAGCAACUUUGAGCAGAAAAUGGUCAUAUAUUUUGGUUUUAAAGUGUCACUUGUUAUGCCAGUAGUUUUUGAAGGCCAGGACUUUUUUGUUUGCUGAAUGUGUAGCUCUUCUUUUACUGUAUUUGUCUAUUAGAUGCAUCUUUACUCAAUUUCCUUUAUCUUAUGUUGUCUCACACUUACAACAAGCUAAGGAAACCCCACUCUUUCAAAAGAAGCCAUAGCAGAUUCUGUGUAAUCUGAUGCUAAAAUGAACAAAAAACAAAAAAAUACAUUUAGGAGAAAUGUGACCCACAGUUGCACUGGAAGUUUUACCUGUGGUCUUACAGAUUGCAAUACUGUACUCUUAACAGCUGAUUGAGGAGCAUGUGUGUUAUUUCCAAAUAAUGUUUGUGUGUCAUUUUAAAAGUAAGUAAAUAAAUAUAGUCUGAAUGGUUUUUGUUUCUCUCACUGUAAAUAACAUGAUGAAAUAGUAGCCAUCACUGAAUUAGCUUUAUCGUCAUUUUAAGUUGCAUUCAAAAGUUAUUUCUGACUAACAGGCGCUUUGCAGAACGGUUCAAGUUUGACGACGGACAUGCGGUCUAUCGCCUCUAAGUCGGCAGCAUUCAAAGGUUUUGUGCCAAUAAUCCAUGUCAUAUAAAAUAGGGUACAGGUUUUUUUUUUUUAAAAAAUAACACAUUAUAAAAAAACACUGUAACUUCUUUUGCAUUCAGAUUGCAUUGUUGUACACUAUAAUUUCAUUAAAAUUUAUUAUAUGAGAAUUACUUACGAUGACUGAGAAAACCUUGCAAAAAAUAUCGGAGCUGUUCUUUCGUCUCACAAUGUAAUCCCACCGCAUGUGCUGCGGAAACUUGAAAGAUAUGACUGUUGGUAUAGUGAAGUAAUCACUUACUGUAUGCUGAAUGAGGCAACUUCCAGGUAGCGGUACAUAUAACCCUAUAUAUUCCCACAAUGUAUAUAUUUUAUUUCCACUACAGCAAGCACACAGUUUUUCUUUCAGCAUCUGCUUGAACUGUUCUGCAGAAAAAAGGAAUGACUUUAUGAAUGCACCACUUGGAUUUAGUUUGUGUGUCCGCGUCAUGUUGUACGUUGUACGGAGAGCCAUAAUUUGUUUUUGUUUUUAUAUUUUAAUUUUAAAGAUGUGUGUUACAGCAACAUGAAUGGAGAGCUUGA